UAGUUUGAAUUCAGUUGAAGAAAGUCCAAAUUCGUAACGGACAAUUUACGUAUCAUCAAAGUAAUGAUGGAUGGGAUUAAACGUUCUCACUAAUGCACAUUACAGUAACGAUCAAAAUUCAGUGAAAAAUAUUCAUUUCCGCUGUACAGAUCGCUUCAUCAAAGAAAGAUCUGAGGAGACCUCUUGUCUUUGUUGAUUUGUUUAAUUGACCAGUCUUUCCGUUUUCGACGAGUUUUGGAAUGCAUUUGAGAGGUGCCCGAGGUAAAGCAUAAACAAGACCUUGUUUUUAGAAUGAUAGCAAAUUAAACGUUUUCGCUUUGAUGGCAGUAUUCAUUAUGGAGGGAGGAAACCUUGGUUCUACGAAACAAACUGAUGAGAUGAGUAUCUACCGGCAGAAAUCACAAACACAAGGAAUGAAGCUGAAAAUGCCACGGGCUUACUCUAAGUGCGAAGCAAGGUUACGAAGCUGGGGAACUGUGAUUAAUGAUGACGAGAUCGAAGAAGAUAUGCUCAUGCACCGUGUUUCUUUAAAUAACACACCCUCCGUGGCACACUAAGAUAAGUUUGACUUCGCGCCCGUUAUCGCAGUUUGUCAGAUGUUGCAUUCAGUGUCUUACUUCCGUGUUGUAAAACAUCACCAAACAGUUUACAUGUUUCCUAUCAUGUUCUACAACUGCUUGUAGAUAGAUUAAUGAUGAUCUCAGUGAGAAUAUGACACGCCCACGGAGACGUCGUGAGCUUCUUAUGGAGCGCCAAAUUAACAUAAACUCUGAUAAUUAAAGAUAUCUUUAAUUAAUUAUUUGAAGAUAUUAUCACGUCAUUUGAUGUGAGCAACAAUUCAAUUAAAGAUCACUUCAAAUAAUAAUGAUAUUUAUUUGAAUUGGUGAUUGCAUUAAUUAUUCCACUGAACUGAAUACUGAUAAUACAAAAGUUGAAUUGUUGCUCUCUUCAAAUGAAUUGAUGAUAUCAACAAUUAAAUUAAUGUGCGCUACAAUUCAAUUAAAGUGGGCAAAAUUCAGUUAAUGCGCGCAUCAAUUCAAUUAAUGCGCGCAAAAAUUGAAUUAUUUCUCUCCGGUUGAAUUGUAGUGCGCAUCAAUUCAUUAUACAAUGCGCGCAAUAAUUGAAUCCUUGCUCUCAUCAAAUGAAUUAAUGAUUCAACUGAGAUCAAAUCAAUCAUUGCUCUCAUCAAAUGAAUUAAUUAAUGAUUCAACUGAUAUCAAUAACUGAUUUGAUGCACGUAAUGGUUGAAUUUAUGAUAUCUUCUUGAAAUAAUUAAAGCUAUCUUCAUUCAUUUGAGUUUAUGUUAAUUUGGCGCUCCAUAGCUUCAUGCAAGAUAUGAUCUUGCCAUAUCCAUCUCGUCAGAAAUAUGAAGAACAUUUGGAGAAGGUACCUUUGUAGGGAUUCUCCUUAAUCUUACCCCGCUUUUAAAUCGCUAUAUGUGUGUGGGACAAAGUCGAGGGUAAGAGUUAGAACUCGGAUUAUAACGAUUAGGUCGCGAGCAGCUGCAAAAUAGAGUCGUUCAGAAUCGGUAGUGACUGUUCCAUCAUCGAAUAUUGUUAAUGUCUCAAGAGAGCUUGGAGGAUCCAGGGAGGAUACCAAGGCUUUCACAAUGACGUGAGGAUGGACAGAGGAGCACGCGGCAGAGAGGUGGAACCUAGACCCAAACGGGCACCAGUCCUGUAUGGAGAAAUCGCGAAGAGAAAGGGUGCGAAACAUCAACUCGCCAAAGAAAAGGUGCAAGAGUUGUUUGAUGCCUUCACGAUGUUCGACAAGAACGGAGACGGUAUGAUCACAGCUGAUGAGCUAGGCAAGGUCCUUUUCCAGAUGGGAAAUCGCCCAAAUCUGAGGGAGCUUCAGUCCUUCGUCCGCUCAGUAGAUGCUGACAAGAGUGGAACCAUUGACUUUGACGAAUUCCUGGAGAUUUUUGGGCGUAAAAUGUCCAUCGACCCAGAGAAGGAGCUGCACGAGGUAUUUCAGGUGUUUGAUGGGAACAAGGACGGGUUUAUCUCCCCUGACGAACUUUACAGAAUCCUCUCCAGAUUGGGGGAACCAACAACAAAGGAAGAAGCACAAGCAAUGAUUCGAGAGGCUGAUAUAAAUGGAGACGGCCUGGUGGACUACAAAGAAUUCAAGGCAAUCCUGAACUUCAGAUGAGGUCAAAUAAAUAAUGCAGCAGUCAUAUUUCAUUGAUCUGAACAUUCGAUAUUUCAUUGAUCUGAACAUUCGAUAUUUCAUUGAUCUGAGCGUAUAUUACUUAGCUUUUGUACAAAAUACAUUCAUAUUUACAGGGUAUGUUGUUAUCAAUUUAAAUGAAUAAAGAUUUUUUAUACCAAA